GCCUUCAAUCCGUUUCUCCCUCCUCAGUAAGACGCCGUGUAUCUCUCAAUCUUCAGUAGUUGUGGACUCCUGGUCUCAGAUUACAGGUUUCAAUUGUUUACCAUUAGAGAAGGAUGGCUUUGUAUGGGCCCAGAAAAGAUGGAAGAGAAGUGAAGAUUUAUGAAAAUCUGAAUGAACUAAGCACAGAUUUGGCGGAAUAUAUAGCAGAAUUAUCUGAGGCUUCGGUUAAGGAAAGGGGCACGUUUGCCAUUGCAUUGUCUGGUGGAAUUCUGAUUAGCCUCAUGGGAAAGCUAUGUGAAUUGCCUUUCAUCAAAACUGUGGAAUGGGGAAAAUGGCACAUAUUUUGGGCUGAUGAACGUGCAGUGUCUAAGAGUCAUGUUGAUAGCAACUACAAACUAACCAAAGAUGGCUUUUUGUCCAAGGUGCCGGUUGGUCCUGGUCAAGUACACUCAAUCAAUGACGCAGUGUCAGCAGAGAAGGCUUCAGAAGAGUAUGAAUUUGUUAUAAGACAACUAGUGAAGACUCGGGUAAUCAAUGUCUCUGACUUUAGCGACAGUCCCAGAUUUGACCUUAUACUUCUAGAAAUGGGUCCCGAUGGGCAUGUGGCAUCCUUAUUCCCCGGUCACCCAGUCCUCGCUCAAAAAGAAGAAUGGGUGUCGUUUUUGACCGACUCGCCUGAACCUCCACCUGAGAGGAUCACUUUUACUUUGCCUGUUAUUAACUCUGCCUCAAAUGUGGCAAUGGUUGUUGCUGGUAGCACCAAGGCAGAAGCUGUUCAUUUGGCUGUUGAUGAUGUCAGGAUCUGGCCGGAUUGCCCAUUGUUGCCUGCUAAGUUCGUCCAACCCUGUCAGGGAAAGUUGGUUUGGUUUCUGGAUAAGGCAGCUGCAUCAAAGCUUCAGGAGUUUUCUCAAUAAUAAGAAUAAAUGGAGUUUAGGUUCAAUGCCAAAUGUAUCUGUAUGUAGUAGAGAGGAUGGGAAAACUUUAGUUUACUUCUAGUUUCUAUAUGCCCUUUUUUUUACUUCAUGAUUGAUGAUCUCAAAUUCUCAAUGGAAUCAAAAAAAAAGAAACACUUGAAUUGUUCUUGGUAUAAAGUUCAUUCCUGAUUUUGUUACAAUCCCAGGUCAUUUUAUUUAGUAAAUCAAAUAAAGCAUGCUUGCACAUGAUACAACAGCAUUUUAUACUAUUUCAAGAAUGGUUGCAGAAAAUUUCUACAAACUGUUGCCAGUCCUAUAUCCCACACUUGGAUAGACCUGUAAAGAAAGAACAAUAGUACAAAACAGAACCCUCUAGACAAAUCAAUGUACAGGUACAAAUGUUCUGUAUUCUUUUUCUGUUAUAGACCUUAUGCCAUUAUCAUCCGGUUCCACGUCAUUUUUGGUACCUUCUUUUGGAGGGUAUCCUAAUUUCCGAGCCAGCAACCAUUGGUCAAUCACUCCACAGUUAAUAGCAUACUUUAUGGUGCUUUCCAUGUGGCCUUUGUCUGUGAUAAACUCUGGUUGAACUGCCAGCAUUCUUAAUAAACCUG